AGAGAAUGUUAUGAUCGUUCUCGGUUGCAUGGAUCUAGACCUUGCACUUCGGACUGAGAAACCCGCCGCUCUUAAGGACACAUCUACCCUCGAUGAAAAGAGGGAGAUGGAGAGGUGGGAACGCUCAAACCGCAUGAGUCUAAUGAUCAUGAAACGUGCAAUUCCAGAAUCAUUCAGGGGCACAAUGUCUGAUGAGGCCGAUGCCAAAUCAUUCCUUGCCGAACUUGAAAAGCGUUUUGCUAAAAACGAAAAGGCGGAAACUAGUACUCUUUUGAGCACUCUUGUUUCCAUGAAGUAUAAAGGCAAAGGGAACAUAAGGGAGUACAUUUUGGAAAUGUCUCAUAUUGCUUCAAAACUAAGUGCACUAAAGCUUGUUUUACCUGAGGAAUUGCUUGUGUAUUUAGUUUUGAUCUCUCUUCCUUCUCAAUUUAAUCAAUUUAAAGUCAGUUACAACUGCAUUAAGGAGAAAUGGUCUCUCAAUGAGCUCAUUUCUCAUUGUGUUCAAGAGGAAGAGAGAAUAAAGCAAGAUAAGACAGAAAGUGCUCAUUUGGCAUCUACCUCUAAGGGCAGCAAUAAAAGAAAAAUUAAGGAAGCUGCAAAUUCGGGGCCUCCCAGGAAGCAUCACAAGGAAACUAAGGAAGAAACUAAGGAAUCUGGAUGCUUCUUUUGCAAAGGGACUAAUCACAAGAAAAAGAACUGCACUAAGUACCAUGCUUGGCGUGCGAAAAAGGGGUUGCCUGAGCUGCCGAAAACCAAUUGAUGGUGAAAGAUACAUCUAUGUCGGUGAUGGCAAGCGGGUUGAAGUUGAGGCUAUCGGUGUUUUUAGAUUAUUAUUAAAGACUGGUUUUUAUUUGGAUUUGAAAGAGACAUUUGUUGUGCCGUGAUUUAGGCGGAAUUUAAUUUCUAUUUCUGCAUUGG